AUGAAGCAGGUGGGAGCUGGUGAAAUGCGGCUCUCACUUAUAGCUCUUGCAGCGGUGCUGCUGGGCAGUGCAUCAGCCAAAUCCCUAAGCCAAGCUCUAAUCAGCCAUGGGUCGCUAUCGAUGCUUCACGAUCUCCUGAAGGACCUAGAUUUACUGGAAAGGUUCCAAACCGCUGAGAGGUCGACGUUCCUGGCAAUGACGGAUGACGCGCUCGUUGGUCUCGCCAACUGGGGUUUAAACAUGAGCACUAUCGACCCAGCACUAGCCAGUGCCAUUCUUGAGUACCACUUUCUAGAGGGAGUCUUCACGUCGUCAGAUCCUUCGUUGAAGACGGACGCCCAGCUCGCUCACUCUGUCUUGCGCCCACCAAUUUUGACAAACGUCACAGAUGGCCCGGCGGUGAAGCUCUCCAUCAUCGACGGCUCAUUAUCCGCAGAAUCUGGCAUCCAAAAGGUCAUGCCAAUCAAUGAGUCGGACAUUACCUACGACAAUGGCGUCCUACACACCAUCGAUAGCAACCUUGUUUUGCCGCAUAACCUCUCAGAAACCACCAACCUGGGCAACCUGCAUAAGUUCUGGGACCUAGUUGAAAGAUCAAAAACCAGAGAGAUUCUGGAGGCCAUGAAGGACGUGACUGUCUUUCUGCCGGAUGACAAGGCAGUACGACAGUGGAGCUCCGCGUUGGGAUCUCUUACACCGGAGCAACUGGCAACGAUAGUCGCAAAUCAUGCCAUUCCCAACCGGGUUCUUUAUCAUAGCGCCUUCUCUGCUGAAGGGAACGAGUACAAGACUUUGAGUGGGAUGAAAGUCACCGUCAGUCGUGACUCUCGUGGUAACAUCUUCGUUAAUGAAGCAAAGAUCCUCAAGGAGGAUGUGCUCAUUUUCGGUGGCGUCGCCCACAUCCUCGAUGGGGUCUUGGUUCCCUCGGGGCACAGAGCCUGCCAAUCGCUGCUCAAUGAGCUUCGGGCCUACACGGCUUUGUAUCCGUCUUCGUGGAAGGUCAUGGGGAAGACAUUUGUCGUGGCCACAGGUGCCUUCUCACUGACCGUUCUUGCAUUCCUCACGGUAAGGAAUCGAAGGAGCAAGAGACGGUUGGUUUCCUCGGCGUGGACAACAGCAAGCUGGGAGGCACACCUGCGAAGCAUCACCAGUGAAAAAUAUCAAGACGUGUACGCUUAA